GUUGUGGAACUAUCGGGCGCGUAACACCCGGAAGUAGUUCGAGUUCCACACACGCGUAGGUAUCGUUGCGCUUUCGGUGGAGAUUCAGGACGCGAGAGCCACAAAUAUACUGAUCAGCAAUCAUGAGUUUGUUAACUAAGCCCAAGUCAGAAAUGACCCCAGAAGAGCUCCAGAAACGUGAAGAGGAGGAAUUCAACACAGGUCCCCUGUCUGUUCUCACCCAGUCGGUCAAAAACAACACACAAGUCCUCAUUAAUUGUCGGAACAACAAAAAGUUGCUUGGUCGAGUCAAGGCUUUUGACAGGCACUGCAACAUGGUCUUGGAGAACGUGAAGGAGAUGUGGACCGAAGUUCCCAAGAGCGGCAAAGGAAAGAAGAAGUCGAAACCGGUGAACAAGGAUCGCUACAUCUCAAAAAUGUUUCUCAGAGGGGACUCUGUCAUUGUUGUCCUGAGAAAUCCUCUCAUCACAGGAAAAUGAACUUAAUGGUGCUCCGUGGGUUGGCCCAGGGUCUUAUUUUUCCGCUUAUGGUAAGGCCAAAGUGCCCAAAGAAAACAAGGUUUGGAUUUGUAUGCAGAUGAUUUCUGUAUUUUUCAAUUUAAUAGUAAAAGUCAUUGUAACUUCAA